CUAUACAUAAACAAACAUGAAACACAGUGUAGAGUUUGGCUUGUUAGACAGAGACACCAAUGCACGAGAAAAGAGAGAAAGAAAUGAAUAUGAUGCUGAGCAAGUGUUAUAGCCAUGACUCAGGAGCUGCAGCUUCUGAUGGUUUCACCUGAUAUAAAUAUCACCAAAAGUACACGUUCUUUUAUUUGUAAAAUCACACACAUGGAAGAGGGCAAGAGGAGCAGCAACGGCAAGAGCCUGGGAGCGGAAGAGCCCGGUGCUGGUGCGGGUGCGGGUGCUAGUACUGGUGCGGGGGAGGAGGCCAGGUCGUUCGGGAAGAAAUGCGGGCAUCUGGCCAAGACGCAGCGGGCCAAGUUUUAUAUACUCCGCAGAUGCAUAGCUAUGCUUGUUUGUUGGCGAGACCGCAAUGACCAAUGACUCUUGGCUACUAGAUUAAACUGCUAUCUUUUCAAACAUUAACAUUCUUCAGCUUUUGUUAUCCAAGCAGUUGAAACUUUCUUAUAAAAGUUUGUUUGGUUAUUUGUUAUGGCUUCUUGAUUUUUUUUAGU